AUGGACGUCUCCGAGAAAUCCCCUGUGGAGACACAUGCCCUCCGCUUGGCGGAAUCCUUGCGUUCUCGAAGUACAGUUCAAGUUGUUCUGGAAUCCAUGUUCUACGGUUCCAUUUGCACGUCUACAUUUUUCGGCAACCUCCUUAUUCUCUACAUUAUUUACAAGCCGCCGAGACUUCGAAACGUACCAGGGUUGUUUAUAGCUUCGCUCGCUUUUUCAGACACCGCAACAAUCGCCCUCGCUACUCCGCCAUCUUUUGCAUCACUCAUCGCAGGUCGCUGGACUUGUGGCUUCAUUGCAUGUCAGCUUCAAGGCUUUGUUGUCAUAGCAUCAGUAGCUGCCUCGCUGCAGAUCAUGGCCCUUAUGUCUAUCGAUCGAUAUUUCCGCGUUGUUCAACCGAUGAAGCAUCGAAUUUUCUUCACCAUGCCACGCGCACGGUUGAUGACCGCGUCGGUCUGGAUCUUAUCUCUAAUGUACCCAGUCCCUUAUCGUGCCAGUGAUAGAAAACACAUCUUCCACCCCGGAAAGUUUUUCUGUUUCCACGAAGCGGACUCAUCCUUUACAGCCGACGUUAUUUACAUCUGCAUUUUUAUUUCCCUUGCUGUUCUGUCAUUUUGUUAUUUUAAAGUUUUCAGACAUCUGAGGCUGGACACAAGACGCGUUAAAAACCUACGAGGAGCAUCUGUCGCUACAGAUGACAACACACGUCAUAUAUCACAAGAAGAGAUAAGACUUACGGGAUCUUUAUUUGUCACUGUGCUUGCAUAUCUGAUUUGUUGGACUCCUGUUCUUAUUGUCGACUUUGUAGAAACGGGUGUUGGUGAUUGGUCCCUUUCCCAUGGGGUCUAUGUCAUGUACACCACUAUUGGAACCACAAGCUCCUCUCUGAACCCCAUUAUGGAGUCCUUAAUCAAACAUUUCGUCGAGAAUACAGGAGGAUUUUUUGCUUCAAGCACUGAUUAACUGAUAUGUAAUGCGAACAAAAAAAAAACAAAUAUCAUGAAGCGGCACUUCGGAGACAGGGGGGAGGUUCAAGUGAUAUUAUUACUGCGGACAGACGGUAAUACAGUGUUCAUAUGCUGUGUGGACAGUGUGACCGAGUGAUUAAUUAGGCCAGUACUAGAUUCCGUCUUUCUACUAACCUAAUUAACUCUCCGUUAUCUUAAGUUCAAGUUCUUAGCCGUGCUCUAUAAAUUUCCAACUAACCAGCCUCUCAAAUUAUUGCCCUUGCAAACACCCCUCUGUACCUGGUUUUUAACGGACCAGAUUGAUCCAAUUUGUCACCUGGGGCCUGUUUCUCGAAAGCCCCGGAAACUUUUCGGGCUCGAAAAGCCAUUUUCAGUUAAUCGGUAUUUAAAGACAGAGAGUUAUGUACGUCUGAAACUUCUGGUACGGAAUGGAACCUCUGUU